AUGUUCCUGGUGACCAAACUCAUUUCUUUCUUCACUUAUUUCCCUCUCGUCCGCCUGGAAAUUACGCCUUUCAUUUACGGCCGCCAGAAGCUCCAAACUCCACUUAUGGACUUCGUUUCAACUUUCUUUUCUGGGGCUUCUUUGAGAGGACUUCUCAAAACAUUCUCUGAAGGGGAAACUUGCCCUCAGCAACUAUGUUACCCAUGCAUUCUUCACUUAUGGGCAAACACUGCCUGCCUUUUCAGCAGGGAGAGAGAAAACGAACCUCUUCUCUCUAAGCUGUCUUGUUUCCAACUGCUUUCCAUAUCUAUGUUCAUAUCUAUCUAUCUACCUAAGUCCAUAUCUAUCUUUCUCUCUAUCUCAGUCCAUGUCUAUCUCAGUCCAUAUCUACUCCAUAUCUAUCUAUCUAUCUAUCUAAGUCCAUAUCUAUCUAUCUAUCUAUCUAAGUCCAUAUCUAUCUCAUCUAUCUAUCUAAGUCCAUAUCCAUCUAUCUAUCUAUCUAUCUGUCCAUAUCUAUCUAUCUAUCUAUCUCCGUCCAUAUCUAUCUAUCUAUCUAUCUAUCUCCGUCCAUAUCUAUCUAUCUAUCUAUCUCCGUCCAUAUCUAUCUAUCUAUCUAUCUCAGUCCAUAUCUAUCUAUCUAUCUCAGUCCAUAUCUAUCUAUCUAUCUCAGUCCAUAUCUAUCUAUCUCAGUCCAUAUCUAUCUAUCUAUCUAUCUAUCACAGUGUGUUCAUUUCAAAACAAUAUUUUAAAACAAAGUUACUUUAA